CCGGUCUCUUCUGUUUCCAACCGCGGCGGCGUUCACAUACGGAAUCUGCAUUGAAUUGGAAAGAGUCCAACCAUUACCAACUUCACACAUCUACUGUCAACUAUCAAAAUCGUAUUGGUUCAGUGCAGCCAACGUUCAAACCCUCUUUCUUUCCGGUCGCCAAAAUGGGUAUUGAUAUUUGUCAUAAAUACGAUCGUAAGGUCCGUCGUACGGAACCAAAAUCUCAAGAUGUUUACUUGAGGCUUCUUGUCAAGCUGUACCGCUUCUUGCAAAGGCGUACAAACAAGAAAUUCAACCGAAUUGUGUUGAAACGUCUGUUUAUGAGCAAGACCAACAGACCGCCAAUGUCACUGCAACGGGUGGUUCGUUUUCUGAAGAAGAGCGGUCAACCAGAAGCCACCGCCGUCGUCGUUGGAACUGUUACAAACGAUAUUCGUCUUCUGAAAGUUCCAAAGUUGACUUUGUGCGCGCUCCACGUUACACAGAAGGCUCGCGAGCGUAUCCUUGCUGCAGGCGGUAAAGUGCUGACUUUCGAUCAACUCGCCCUGAAGUCGCCAACAGGCAAGAAGACCCUCUUGUUGCAGGGCAAACGGACGGCCCGCGAAGCCUGCAGGCACUUCGGCAAGGCUCCUGGUGUUCCUCACUCGCACACUCGUCCAUACGUCCGGUCGAAGGGACGUAAAUUCGAACGGGCUCGUGGCCGUAGGAGUAGCUGCGGUUACAAGAAGUAGAUGCAGUAAAAAUCGUUUUCCUUUUUAAAUAUCCACACAAAAUGUGACGAAACGCCGAAGGAAUAAACCGGAGAAUGUUUGGUUUUGUCGAAA